AGAAGAGGAAACCUGCUUCGGUUCGCCUUUUGUCUCCUCUCAUCAAAAUGCUGAUCAGGUUGUACUGCUACUGUUCAUACAGACAAUCAACGCUCCAAAACCUUUUCUGUUAGGUGACGAGUGAACGCACAGACAGGUGAUCUGGAUCAGGAUGACGGACAGAAGACGGACUGAAGACUGCAAAGAGGACAAUAAGAUCUCAGGUAGUACGGGAAGCCUUAAUUUACUUCCUCCAGAUUUUUCCUUGAGAAGGAUGGUGUUGGUGGGAAUGACUGGAACCGGCAAAAGUUCUUCUGGAAACACAAUCCUGGGCAGAGAAGCCUUCAGAGUCGCCAAAAGUGGUUCAUCUGUGACCAAAGAGUGUGGGAAACAGUCUGAAGAAGUGGCUGGAAGAGAAAUCGCAGUGGUUGAUACACCCGGUAUGUUUGACACUGAUAUUUCAGAGGAGGAGCUUCUGGAACAGGAGAUCAGUAAGUGUGUAAACAUGACGGCACCUGGACCUCACGCCAUCAUCCUGGUCAUUAAACUCGGCCCGUUCACUGAAGAAGAGAAACUCUCAGUGGAGAAGAUCAGAGCCAUAUUUGGAGAACAAGCAGAUAAACACACACUCAUCCUCUUCACACACGGGGAUAAACUGACGAGCACUAUUGAGAAACACAUUGAUGAAGUAGGUGAGGAUCUGAAAGAAGUCCUGAGUUGCUGUGGAGGAAGAUAUCACGUGUUCAACAAUAAAGACAUGGAGGACCGUAAUCAGGUUGUGGAGUUCCUGCAGAAAGUGGAUGACAUGAUCUCUGAUAAUGGAGGAGGAUUUUACACCAAUGACUCUUACCGGGAAGUUGAUCUCAUGCUGAAAAAUAAAGAAGAAGAACUGAAGAAGAUGUACGAGAAGAAACUACAGGAGAAAGAGAGGGAACUGGAGUCCAGAUUCGCUGAAGAAAAGAGGAAACUACAGGAGAGAAAAGAGGCACCAACAGCAUCUGAGCAGGAGAAAGAAAAGAAGAUCAAAGAGCUGGAACAACUGAAUCAGAGUAAAAAGAUUGAGUUCAAGAGAUUUUAUAAAGUAAAGAUCAGAGAGACCAGACAGGAGGCAGAAAAGACUUGUGUUAGUCAAAAUAUAAUAAAGAUCAUAAAAAAGUUUCUCAAGAAACGUUAAUCACAUUCCAGUUAUGUGCAUGCCUAUACAGUA